AUGAUUCCGAGGAGAAUUAAUUGGAUUCUAAUUCUUCUCAAUUUAUCACAAAUUCAAUCUUUAUUAGAUGCAUCGUGGUGGUCAACAGUUGCACAACUAUCCACCGCUUUAGCUGGACACAAUGUAAAGCCAGUAUGUGAAUUACCUGGUCUUUCACCAGGCCAGGCUCAAGUCUGUGAACUAUUCAAAGAUCAUAUGCCAGCAGUGAGCAUUGGAGCUCAGAAUGCUAUACAGGAAUGCCAACGACAGUUCACUGGUCACCGAUGGAAUUGUUCCACCCAUUACAGUACUGGAAUGUUAGGCCCAAUUCAUAAAAUGGCAACUCGAGAGGCAGCAUUCACGUAUGCGAUUCUGUCGGCUGGAGUUACGCAUGAAAUCGGAAGACGCUGUAAACAAGGACUUCUUACUUCCUGUGGAUGCUCUGAUGAGACUAAACCAAAGAAUGUACCGACGGAUUGGAGUUGGGGUGGUUGUGGAGAUAAUGUGGAGUAUGGAUACAAGUUCUCAAGAGACUUUAUUGAUAUUCGAGAAAAAGAGCACGAUCCGAAACGAAAUCAUGACAAUGGAAGAAGUUUGAUGAAUCGGCGUAAUAAUGAAGCUGGAAGAAAAAUAUUGAAACGCCAUCGAAAACCGAAAUGUAAGUGUCACGGAGUCUCCGGAGCAUGCAAUAUGAAAACAUGUUGGAUGCAGCUACCUUCAAUGGAACAAGUUGGAAAAAUCUUGAGGAAUAAAUACGAUAAAGCAAUUAGAGUUCAGAUAAAUGAUAGAGGAAAUCUACAAUUGUUGGCUGAUGAAACGAGUAAAGAAAGAAAGACACGAGCACUUCCAACAGAUUUAGUUUUUAUGGACGACUCGCCGGAUUACUGUAGAUUUGAUAGACAUUCUGGAACAUUGGGAACAGAAGGAAGAGUUUGCAAACGCGGUUCAAGUGGAGCUGAAGGAUGUGACAGUCUUUGUUGUGGUCGUGGAUACAACACGUACACACAGGAGGUCAAAUCAAAGUGUAACUGCAAAUUCGAAUGGUGCUGUAAAGUAGUCUGUCAGACUUGUAAUAACAUGACACAAGUUGAUAUUUGUAAAUAA